AUGGGCAGCCACAUGAGCCGAUUCGGGCCUGAAACUCCGGCCUCUAACAUGGCCUCCUACUCCGACCUCAUGGCCCAAGAAUUCGUCGCGGCGUUCCGUGAUCUGCAGAAGGACGCCAAGAAUCAUGGAAAACUGGCCUCUUUUGUCAGCAGACACUAUGUGAACAGGCUCAACGGGCCCGAGUUCGUCUCAGCACUCACAAACAAGCCAGGUAAUGAUCCUUUGACCGUCUACUACUUCAACCAUGAUUUAUCCUGCCAUUAUAAGGAGCAGUUGGUCAUGCUGACGACGCUCAAAUCCAUGGAUGAGAGCUUAGUCAAGCGCAUCGAUUCCAUGGAUGUCUCUAAGAAGGUGUCGGCUGUUUUCUUCACGCUCGCUGCCAUGUUCUUCGCGGCCACGGCUGCGAUUUCUGCUGCGAACGCCAACCCCAAGAGGGAAGCGGCCGGGCCGGCUGUGGCAGCGGCAGCAGCAGCGGCCUCCAUUCUGUUUGGGGCAGUCGGGAAAUGGAUCCAUUCACUUCUGAACAAGCGGGAAACUGCAGCCAGGAAGCACAAGGAGAUAACUGCGUUUAUGAUUAUUAGCGCCAACCUCUGCAUGGAAGAUCUUAAGGCAAUUCACGACGUGGCUCGGAGGCUGAAGUUCGAUAACAAAUCUAUGUCGGAAACGGUUGAAGAUGGGAACAAAGUGGGGGCUGUGAAAAGGGGGUUUGAAGAUUUGGUAGCAAAAGUUGAAGCAUACAGUAACAGGAUGAAUUGGGCUAAAGAUGGUGUGCUUCAGUGUAUUAUCAAACACUUGAGUUGA